GUUCAUUGGACCCUGCCUUUUCGAGAUCUGAUCUUCUUUUCGACUUUCUCUUUUGUUCUUUCGCACAACAGACAUUCCCGUCGUUUCUUCAACAUCCUCCGUGUGCCGAUGCGCGGUGCCUCGCAAUUCGAUCCGAGCUUGUUCACGGCGACGCUCUGAGCAUGACGCCCGAAGCGCUGCGCUAGAAACGAGCCCCGCGAGUCCAUCUCAGAGCACCGGGCUCGUUCCUUUUGCCCCCAUCGAGAGAUAUAUUUUAUAUAAAAAGUGCACGAUCAAACAAAUACGUAUCUGAUACCAAAAGAGACGAUCAUGCCGCUCUUCCCAACCUUCUCUUCCAUCCUCUUCCUCCUCCUCCUCCUCCCCUUCCUCUCCCUCCCCUUCUCCCAGGCCUACACCCCGCUCUCGCCCGCCCUCCUCAAGUCGCUCCCCUCUCCCUCCACCGACGACUACGACCCCACCAACGGCACCCUCCUCGCCCCCCUGCUGAUCCCCCGCGUCCCGGGAACGCCGGGCCAGAAGGCGGCGCAGGCGCACCUGGUUUCCUUCUUCGCCGCCCACCUGCCGCAGUGGGAGGUGCGGUGGCAGAACUCGACGUCGACGACGCCGGCGACGGGCGACCGCGCCGUCCCGUUCGCGAACCUGAUCGCCCGCCGCGAGCCCCCCUGGACCCGCCGCCGCGGGCCCGGCACCGCCUCCUACCUCACGCUGGUCGCCCACUACGACAGCAAGCGCGAGCCCGAAGGUUUCGUCGGCGCCACCGACAGCGCGGCCCCCUGCGCCAUCCUUAUGGACGUCGCCCGCACGGUGGACGGGUUCCUGCAGAAGAUGUGGGCCGAGGAGGGGGAGAAGGAGGGGGAGAAGGAGGAGGAGAAGGAGGAGGAGAAGGAGGGGGAGGAGGCAACGGAGUGGCGGCAGAGGGAUGAGGGGAUCCAGAUCCUGUUUUUGGACGGGGAGGAGGCGUUUGUGAAGUGGACGGAUACCGACUCGCUUUACGGGUCGAGGGCCCUCGCCGAGGAAUGGGAGGCUACCACGAACCCGGCCGGUUCACCGUUCAAGAGCCCGAUGCAGCAGAUCAGCCUGUUCGUGCUGCUCGACCUGCUGGGCGCGCCGAACCCGCGGGUGCCGACGUACUUUCAGGGUACCCAUUGGGCGUACCAGCGGAUGGCGGCACUCGAGGGCAGGUUGCGGCAGCUGGGCCUGCUGGAGAGCAAGCCCGGGAAGGAGCCGUUUCUGCCCGAGAGCGGCAAGAUGGCGACCCAGUUCAGCGGCGGCGUCUACGUAGGCGACGACCAUGUCCCCUUCAUGCAGCGAGGUGCGCCGGUGCUGCAUCUUAUCCCCGGGCCGUUCCCGGAUGUAUGGCACACCUUGGAUGACGACGGAGAGCACUUGGAUAUUCCGACGGUAAAGGACUGGGUGCGCAUCGUCACCGCGUUCACGCUAGAGUGGAUGGACGUGCAGAAAACGGAGCCGCCGAAGGACGGGCAGCCCUGAGACACGAGACACCAGUUUCGCAAUUAUGCUUGGACGCAAUAUUCACAUGGGCACAACAUUAGACUCAGACGGCACCUUGGCGCCUUUACUCGACUUUGCAUGGAUACUGAAUGU